AUGCAGAUUUUAGAGCUUCCAAGCCAUCCAUUCUAUGUAGGAGUGCAAUUUCAUCCAGAAUUUAAAUCACGGCCUAGGAAGCCCUCAUCUCUCUUUUUAGGUCUUAUCUUGGCAGCAACAGGGCAGUUGGAAACAUAUCUUGACCAGUAUCCAAAUACAAGUUGA